AUGUUUACUGGACUUGUUGAGACCAUUGGGACCGUCACGGCCCUGGAGCCCCUCGAUACCUCGUCGAGCGGGGGCGGGGGUACAUCUCUCACCAUCUCUGACUGCGAGGAGAUCCUCUCCGAUUGCCACCUGGGCGAUAGCAUCGCUGUCAAUGGAACCUGCCUGACGGUCACGGCAUUCGAUAAAACCUGGUUCAAGGUCGGAGUUGCGCCGGAGACCCUGCGCCGUACGAACCUCGGUGAUUUGCAGACCAGUUCUUUCGUGAACCUUGAACGCGCCGUCUCUGCGGAUACUCGAAUGGGUGGACACUUUGUGCAGGGCCAUGUCGAUACUGUCGCGAAGAUUCUGUCUGUCACGCCGGACGGGAACUCGCUAGUCUUCCGCCUGCAGCCGCGCGAUAAGGAUGUCCUCCGUUACGUUGUUGAGAAGGGCUACGUUACCCUGGACGGGGCCAGCUUGACUGUGACUAAGGUUGUGGAUGGUGAGGAUGGUUUCUGGGAGGUGAUGCUUAUUGCCUAUACCCAGGAGAAGGUGGUUACAGCUGGAAAGAAGGUGGGUGAGUUUGUCAACGUUGAGAUUGACAUUGUGGGCAAGUACGUCGAGAAGAGCGUACAGGGUUACUUCGCCGGCACUUCAGGAGGCGAUUUUGCUAUUCUCGAGAAGAUGGUUGGCCGUCUGGUCGAGGAGAAGCUCAAGAAAUAA